CUUAUGCCAACGCUGAGUUUGGUAUUUACCCAUCGCGGCCACUUCCCAGUCGACAGUGUCACAUAUCAAAGAAAUAACAAUGGCAGGUCCCGGCAAAUGCUUCCUUAUCACCGGCCCUCCUGGUGUGGGUAAAACCACACUUAUUAUGAAAGUUUUUGAAGCCCUCAAAACUUCUCACCCUAGCUUACAAUACCAGGGGUUUUACACUGGUGAAGUUAGACGAGGGAGCGAGAGGGUUGGUUUUGAGGUGGUCACUUUGGACGGCCGCAGAGGCCGAUUAGCCUCCACCACUAUUUCAACCCUCGAGUCUCUUAGAUGGCCUAAUGUCGGGAAAUACAAAGUAGAUAUAGCAUCAUUUGAGUCACUAGCACUCCCUGAAUUGCAGGUCAGAGAGGAUACUGAUCUUUUCAUCAUUGAUGAAGUUGGUAAGAUGGAGAUGUAUAGCUCAUCUUUCUUCCCUGGGGUUCUAAAAGUUUUGGAAUCAAAUAUUCCAGUUUUGGCUUCUGUCCCCAUUCCGAAAUCAGGCCGUGAUAUACCUGGAGUUGCAAGGUUGAAGAAUCAUCCCGGGGCAACUGUUUUUACAUUAAGCACAAGUAACAGGGAUGCUGUCAAAGAUCAGAUAUAUUCCCUAUUGGUAGACUUGCUGACUAAACACUAGAUGUUGCCCCCUUAAUGGAAUACACCUCUCUCCCCCACAUACUUUUUUUUUUUUUGGAGUCUCCCUCUACAACAUUCAUACAUAUUCAUAUAUAUGUAAAGAGAAAGAUAAGAGAGAGCAUGUGCCCAGCUUUUCUCUUUUACCAAACUCUUUUAUAUUUUGUGACGGGUUCAUAGUCAGCCGGUUUUCUUUUUUAUUGUUUUUUAAGGUA